GUGUAAAAACUCUGUUCGGUUAUAAGUAAACUUGUGUGUCGUUAUUAAUAAAUAAGUAUUGUGAAAGUGAGGAUCGUUUAUCGCCACAAUGGAGUCAGUGCUGCAUCCGCCAUUACCGUUCAAAUUUGAGAACAAUUUAGUGAACGUUACUUCGGGAAAUUUAUGCAAAGAAUGGGAUAAAUGGAAAAAAGCCUUUUUAAUUUAUUACGAAGCUUGUGAAAUCGCGAAAAAACCACAAAAGGUUCAAAUUAACAUUUUACUGCAUAUAAUAGGUGAUAAGUGCCGCGAGGUAUAUGACCAGUUUAGCGAAGAGUCAAAAACUGUAGAUGAGUUGUUAAAGAAGUUUGACGAAUUUUUUGAACCCAAAAAGAACCUCGCCGUAGAGAGACACAAAUUCUUCACACGGAACCAGCAGGAGUUCGAAUCUAUUGAACAGUAUGUCUUUGAAUUAAAUGUGAUGGCGGCAAAGUGUGAGUUUAAAGAUCUGUGCAGUGACCUCGUGAGGGAUCGGUUAAUAUGCGGUAUUCAGGAGACAAGCUUGCGGGAACGACUUCUACGAGAAAGUGACUUGACGCUGCAAAAAGCUAUAGAAAUAUGUAGGCUAGCCGAAAUAUCCCGUGCUCAAGCUGGUCACAUAAAGCAGGACAAUGUGGAACAUCAUGUGCAUGAAAUCAAAACUAAGCAAAAAAUAGCGAUGGAACGUCAAGGUCAACCGAGCUGUUGUUAUAGACAAGAACAUGAGGAUACAGAGGAUAAGGCGGUGCAUGCGGUCAGCGCGAACAAUCGCGGGCGCCGCCGCCGUGGAUCGUGGCGCGGAGGGCGCCCCGGACAGGCACACGCAGCUCCCGGGCACGACAACCUGCCAGCGGCGCGCGGCAAUUGGCAGCGGUCGUCACAAACCAACAGGACUGGCGGCCAUAGCUGUUCGAGAUGUGGGUCUACACAUAAAAGAUUCCAGUGUCCAGCAUUUGGUCAGCUGUGUGACAGGUGCCAUGGACGAAAUCACUACUCGAGAAUGUGUCGCGUGUAUGAAAUAAGAGGGGAAUCCACCGAUGAGGUAAAUAAUAAAUUUAAUAAUGAUAAUGAGUGGUCUGUAACUGUAUCCAUUAACAAUAAGAAUAUUAUGUUUGAACUGGACACGGGAGCUGAGGCCGGCGCGGGCGGCGAUGACAACACACGGGCGAGCGACCUCGACGUGCGCGCGCAGGUGUGCGCCAUCUCGGCAAGCAACCCGCUCACUGAUACGCACUUCUUACAAAUACAAAAAUGCACGCAAGAUGAUGCUGAAUUGAAAGAGCUAACUAAAACUAUAAAAAGAGGAUGGCCAGAUCAUAAAAAAGAUGAUGGUGAGACCUCCUGA